AUGAGAACAACAUCAGAGGAUGCGCCUUUGUUGUUGUUAAAUACCGUGGCGUCUUCAUCGUUAUCGUCAUUAGUUUCGAUGAUGCGCUUAAGAAAUCACAAAAUUGGAAAGGUCUCCUCUGGCGCCGCGGUUGUUGUGUUCUCGCUUUUGCUCUUCUCCAUACUGGCAGUGACGAGGACGGAGGACCAUGAAUUGAUCAGCAAAGGAAGACGCGGGUUGGUUAUGCUCGGUGGUGGUCACCGUAACCACCAUAACCACGAAGGAUCGUCGUCGUUGACGUCGUCUGUAUCGUCUGAGAGGAAACAGAAGACGAGAAAAGGCACGAAAACUCUGCACAAGCAGGAGAAGCCAUCUUCAACGCUGCGCCUCGGGAAGAAGAAGCACAAGCAAACACACAAACACGAGGAAAAUCCAACGUGUCCGCAAACGUACAUCCGAAUUACGAACACGAACGUGAAAGAUAACGGUGAAUUUGAGGACGGGAGCGAGUUGGCGUACAAACUGGAAUACGAAGAGUCCUCUCGAGAGUGCGAGGAAAAAUGCAACGCGGAAGCCGCGUGCGUCGGCUUUGUGGAUUACGAGGACACGUACCCAAAGUAUUGCGAGUUUAAAACCGCCGUGGAUGGGGACGAUAUGGAAGAUUACAUCGGGAGAGACUCGUAUAAGAAGUUGGAGGUGACGUCUUAUUACGUUCCGCAUUUCAACAAGUGGGUGCCGGCGCACGAGAGCGACGACGAGGCUGCCGGGUACGAAAAGUUUGUCUACGAAGAAUCCGCGGAGGAGUGCGAGGAGAUUUGCACGGAAUCGGAAACGUGCGAGGCGUACGUGGACUAUAAGGAAUCAAAGACGCCGUAUUGCACGUUCAAGACGAAGGAUUACGUACAAUCGGUGUUGGAUACGCCGGCGAAGGAUUUGUACUCGAAGAAGAUCUGCGUGCCCGGGCAGCCAGUCGGGAAGGAAGUUUUGGAGGAGUUUGAAGAGAAACCGGAAGAAGAGGAGGAAGAAGAGGAAGAUUCAUCAGAUUCUGAAGAAGAAGAAGAUGAUGAUGAUGAUGAAGAAGAUGAUGAUGAAGAAGAAGAAGACGCGCAACUCGCGGCGAUGAAGAAAGAAGCCAUCGAGAAGUUUUUGAAACACAAGAAAGACACGAACGCGAUAAAAGAAGCCAUCGCGGCGGCGAAAGCAAAGAACGCGAAGACUACGAGCAGUUCUUCGUCGACGAAUGGUGGACACUCGAAGAAGCCAACGUGGGUGAAAGUCGUCGACGAAGAAGAAGAAGAAGACAGCAACGGGGAGAAAGAACCAAAAAUCAAAGCGGUUUUGAGCAAAAAGAAGAACAAAAACGAACAAGAAGAACACAUCGAGGACCUUUCCUCUUCGAGCAAAUCGAUAAAAAAAUCCGCGCGAUUGGCGCAAUCCAAACUGACCAACUUCGGCGAAAUCGCCAAAGAAAAAGCGAAGAAAGAGGAAGCGCUCGCGUACGCCAAGAAGUUGUUUGAGCACGAGAAGAAAGUGAAAGCUGAGCUCGCGGAGAAGGAAGCGCGAGAGGCGGCGGAGGCGAAAGCCGAGGCGGAACUAGAGGCUAAAAAAGCCGCAAUCAAGGCAAAGAAAGAAGCCAAAGCGAAAGCGAAGAAAGAGGCGGAAGAUAAAGCCGCGGCGGAGGAAAAAGCCAGAUUGGAAGAGGAGGAAAAGAAACGGUUGGAAGAGGAAGAGUACAAGAAAAAUUGGGCGUCCAGAUGGAUGGCGAACAUCGAGGCGAGAACGGAAAAAUUAGCCGCGAAGAAAGAGGAGAAGAAGGUGAAAGAAACCAGCGCGUUAGGCGGUGGAUUCAGAAAUUUCGUCUCUAAAGUCUUGCCAUUACGCACGUGGGAGAAGAGCACGCCGAUGGCGUCGACGACGACGAACAACAGCGUCGUCGAAUCCGCCGCCUCGCAGCCGCAACAAUUCCAACAACAGCAAAAGCAGGCUUUCUCGGCCGUCGCCGAGGUUCCGGAUGGACGACCAACUCGCGACUUAUCCGACGACGUCGCCAUGCGAAUGUCCAAUCCAUAA